AUGUCCAAGUACGUACCUACCUCACACUCGCUGGGCAGGACAGGCUCAGGCAGUCAAUCAGUCAAUCAUCGCGCCAGCUCUGCCCAACAUAGCCAUAUACCAGCCAUUCAGCAACAAAGUCUUGCAAGCUCUCCUUACGCCAGGCUUCUGAAUAGGGCAGCACCUCGUUCUCGUUCUCUUCACAGAGAUCGCGUCGCAAAUUUUAUCUCUUUCUCAAGAUCAAAAUCGCUGACCAAAGUCUCCCAUUUCCAGACUUGCUCGUUCGGAAGCGCAUACAAUCAAGACCGAAACUCGGUAAACAUGGCUACCAUGGCAGCGGCUGCUCGUGAUAUCUCCCAGGCCUCCUUGAGCCGAGACAACUUAACUGCUGUAGCGGCUCGGAGUGUCCCUGCGACUGUGACACGAUCUCAACAACCCCUUCCUACUCCCCCCAACUCCAUCUCUCCCAACCUGCCGCCUCAUGGCCUCAAGGCGCAGCUCCAGAAGGCCAAGCUUGAGCCUAUUGACUCAGACCUGGACCUUCACGAGCCUUCGGAUCGACGAUGUUCGAUCUCGCCUGGCCUCGAGGCCUCGGGUGCCAUCACCGGCUCUCUCCUCGCUAAAUAUCACCUGCCAGAGAUCCUGCUCAACCAUGGUCCCUUGGCUAUCAGACACAUCAUGGGGUACCUGACCACUUCGGUCCCCGGAUUCUCUGGAAUCCCCCCAACAAAGGCGCGGAGACUAGUCGUGGGAGCUUUGGAGGGUCGGGGAGGAGAAGGAGGCGGACUGGAUGGAGAGGUGGAAUUUGAAAAGGUGGGAUGGGGCCGAUGGGAUGCUCGUAAGCGAGGACAGCCUUCGCGACACCGACAAGGAACUCCUCCUUCAUCCUACGGCGCGGGCAUCCCCAUCAGCAAGAACGGCGGUAGGGGUCAGGACCGACCCAGACUCAGCACUGCGUCAAGCAACGGAGAUUCGGUUCAGUAUUCUCAUGAUGAUAACGACAUUUACAUGAUGGAGCAUGAGGCCGACAAGAUGUCCAUGGAUGGAUCUGGAUCCGCUUCGUGCUCCGAGGCUCCGGAUGAUGAUGUCGUUAUGAACGAUGACCCUGAGGAUGCGACGGAUGACGAGGAUUGGGCUACCAUGGGGGCUGCUGCUCUUCGAGCCGAGUCUUACCCCAACCAGGCGGCGGCUCAGACGGACCAUGGUUUCCGAUCCUCUUCUGCAUAUGCACCAGGUGCACUUCGUUCGUUCUCUGCCAGCUCCGGCAUGGCUCGUACACCUCAAACACUCAACAUCGACUUCUCGGCGUUGGCGGGCACCUCUGACGCACAGGAGCGGGAGGCCGUCGAGGCCCUCCUGCAGCUCGGUUCUGUAUAA